AUGGAGCCUUUUGAAAAUAGACAUGGUGUGGAAGAGUAUAAAAGGAGGUUAGGAAUGAAAUAUGUGGUGGUAAAUGCUAAUGGGAAGAUAUGGGUAUUUUUAGAUGAGGCCAUGGAAUAUGAUAUUAUUGGAGAUGAAGAUCAAAUGCUUACUCUAAAAGUACAUAGUUGUGGAAUGGGUAUUGAUGUAAUGAUAUCGGUGAUAUAUGCAAAGUGUACUCAAGGGGAGAGAUUAAAUCUGUGGGAAUCGAUGGCCCACUUAGCCACUACAGUCAACAUUCCGUGGGUAAUAGGGGGAGAUUUUAAUGUUAUAACCAAUGAAAGUGAGAAAUUGGAGGGAAGAAAGGUCACAGAUGCGAAAGUCAGGGAUUUCAAUCACUACUUAAACGUGUGCAACUUGGAGAAUUGGGGAUUUAAAGGUAGCAAAUAUACGUGGUGGAAUGGCAGAACCGAUGAGGGGUGUAUUUUCAAAAGGUUGGAUAGGAUACUAACUAAUGAUAAAGUUCAUGAUGUUUUCCCAGUUCUAGAAGUUGAGCACCUAGUGAGAAAUGGGUCUGAUCAUGCACCUUUAUCAGUUACUUUAAAAUCCAACAGGGAGGAGGUGAUUAAACUAUUUCGAUUUUUGAACUUUUGGCUCAAGGAGGCAUCUUUUAUGGAGGUGGUGCAGAAUAAUUGGUGGGCAGAUUUUGAAGGAGAUCUAUUUAGCUUGUUUCAUUAUAAGCUUAAAAGGGUGAAAAGGGAUUUAACCCAAUGGAGCAAGGAGACCUUUGGCAAUAUAUUUCAGGAAAUCAUCACGCUUGAGGAAGUUAUAAAGGUACAUGAAACGCAGUUUGAAAUUUCCCUAACAAUUGCGAAUAGAGAAAAAUUGCAUCGAGCUCAGGCAGACUUAUUGAAACAACUUAAUAGGGAGGAAGAAUUUUGGAAACAAAAAGCGAGUAUGGAGUGGUUUAAAGAAGGCGAAAGAAAUACAAAAUUCUUUCAUGCUAUUGUAAAGGGGAGAAGAAAUAGGUUGAGAGUGAAUAGAAUUCAAAAUGAUGAAGGUGAGUGGCUAGAGCAAGAGUCUGAUAUAGCAAAGGCUGCAGAGGACUUUACAUAA